AUGGUGAAACUAAGAUCAUACCCAAAUGAAACGAUACUAUUACAAGUAUAUAUGCCUACAUCAAAUGACGACAUCGGAGAAGUUGAAAAAGUUUACGAAGAUAUAGAAGAACUUUUAAAACUAACAAAACAGAAGGAUAUUCUUAUCAAAAUGGGUGAUUUUAAUGCAGUCAUUGGUGGAGGAUUAAAUGGAAAAGAAGUUGGAAAUUAUGGAUUAGGGAAAAGGAAUGACAGAGGUGACCGACUACUGGAGUUUUGCAGACAACAUGAGUUGGUUAUCUUUAACACUUUAUUCAAUAAUCAUAAAAGAAGACGAUACACUUGGAAGAUGCCUGGAGAUCUUGGAAGAUACCAAAUAGAUUUUAUACUGGUUAGGAAUAGAUUCAAAAAUCAAGUCAAAUCAUGCAAAACAUACCCAGGUGCGGAUAUUAACAGCGACCAUAAUCUUGUAAUGAUGAAAUGUAACCUAAAAUUCAAGAAAAUAAAAAAACCAAAUAAGAAAUAGGUAUAUUAAUAAAAAUUAUAUGCUUUGCAGAUGAUAUAGUUUUGCUCGCCACAUCUGAAAACGAUCUAUAAACAGCAUUUAUUGAAAUGGAUAAUAUAUUUCUAGAAUUCAAAUUAAAUAUAAAUACGGAAAAAAUAAAAAUAAUGAUAUGUAGCAAACAAAAUGAAUCAAACAUUAACAUAUCAAUAAAGGAAAAAGAAUGGAACAAAUAAAUUAAUUUAAAUAUUUGGGAAGUAUAAUAGAUAAUGAAGGAAGGUCAAAAAAGGAAAUUAAAAGUAGAAUAGGGCAAGCAAAAAAGGCAUUUCUACUUAAGAGUAAAUUACUAACUUCAAAAAAUGUACAUCAAAGAACGAGAAAACGUUUAAUUAAAACAUACGUAUUGAGCACAGCAUUAUAUGGUUGUGAAACAUGGACGUUGAACAAAAAAGAGGAAACCGCUCUAGAAGCUUUUGAAAUGUGGUGUUGGCGUAAAAUGGAGAAAAUAAAAUGGACGGAAUUGAAGACAAACGAAGAAGUAUUAGAUUUGGUCAGAGAAAAGAACAUUGCUAAAUAA